AUGCCUGAGAAGUGGGAGCACAGCGGGAUGCGGAACGCCAUCACCCCGCACUGGGCACACAUAUUUCGGCCCUCCCUUUUCCUGGCCGGGGUCCCCAGAACCCCCCUGCCCCCCGCCCUGAGGGAGGUCCGCGCCAAUCCGCGACCGGCACCGGCAUCCCGGUACCGCCGGCACGGGCAUCCCGGUACUGCCGGCGCCGACACCCCCAGCACCGGCAUCCACAGUACUGCCGGCACCGAGACCCCCAGCACUGACAUCCCGGUACCGCCGGCACCGGUACCCGCAGCACCGACAUCCUGGUACCCCCGGCAUCCCGGUACUGCCGGCACCGAGACCCCCGGCACCGGCAUCCCGGUAUUCCCGGCACUGAGGCACGGGCAUCCCGGUACUGCCGGCGCCGACACCCCCAGCACCGGCAUCCACAGUACUGCCGGCACCGAGACCCCCAGCACUGACAUCCCGGUACCGCCGGCACGGGCAUCCCGGUACUGCCGGCGCCGACACCCCCAGCACCGGCAUCCACAGUACUGCCGGCACCGGUAUCCCCAGCACCAGCAUCCCGGUACCCCCAGCACCGGUACCGCCAAGCACCGGCGUCCCGGUACCGCCAGCACUGAGAUCCCCAGCACACCCCGUACCCCCGGUACCCCCAGCACUGAGACCCCCGGCACCUCCAGCAGCGGCGGCCCGAGGGGCGAUGGGGCCCAGGCUGGUGCUCCCGCGGGUGUCUCAACCGGGACCGGUGCCAUGGUGCGAUCGCAGCCGUUCCCCAGCUCCCGGGGUCGCCACCAGCCCCCCGAGUUGAUCCCCGUUAUCCCAGCUAGGUCCCCGCAGCCCCGACCCAGCCCCGAGCACGCCCCGCAGGCAGUGGGGAUUCCUCCCCCUCAUCCCAAACCCUCUGGCAGCCCCCACAGGGACAAGUGGAGUAAAAAGAUGGAUUUCCUCCUCUCCGUCGUCGGAUUCGCCGUCGACCUGGGCAACGUCUGGCGGUUCCCUUACAUCUGCUACCAGAACGGAGGGGGAGCCUUCCUCAUCCCCUACACGCUGAUGGCUGUUUUUGGGGGGGUGCCCCUCUUCUACAUGGAGCUGGCCCUGGGGCAGUUCCACAGGACAGGAGCCAUCCCCAUCUGGAAACGCAUCUGCCCCAUCUUUAAAGGCAUCGGCUUUGCCAUCUGCAUCAUCGGCCUCUACGUCUCCUUCUACUACAACACCAUCAUUGCCUGGGCUCUCUACUACUUCUACUCCUCCUUCUCGGGCACCCUGCCCUGGGCGAGCUGUGACAACCCCUGGAACACGCCUGACUGCACCAACUACUUUGGGAAGAGCAACGUGACCUGGACCAACUUCUCCAGGUCCCCUGCCGAGGAGUUUUACACGAGGAAGGUCCUGGAGAUCCAGAAAUCCGGGGGUCUGUAUGACAUCGGGGGGAUCCGCUGGCAGCUGCUCCUCUGCCUCUUCCUCAUCUUCACCAUCGUCUACUUCAGCCUGUGGAAAGGGGUGAAAACCUCCGGGAAGGUGGUGUGGGUGACAGCCACCCUGCCCUACAUUGUCCUGCUCAUCCUGCUCAUCCGAGGGGCCACCCUGCCCGGAGCCUGGAGAGGAGUCGUCUUCUACCUGCGCCCAGACUGGGGCAAGCUCCUGAGCACUGCAGUUUGGGUGGAUGCUGCUGCACAGAUUUUCUUCUCCUUGGGCCCUGGAUUUGGAGUCCUGCUUGCUCUGGCCAGUUACAACCAUUUCCACAACAACUGCUACAGGGAUGCACUUGUCACCAGUGCUGUGAACUGCCUCACCAGCUUCCUCUCAGGCUUCGUCAUCUUCACCGUGCUGGGCUACAUGGCCGAGAUGAGGGACGUGGAGGUGGAGGAUGUCGCCAGAGAUAAAGGGCCCAGCCUCCUCUUCAUCACCUACCCUGAAGCAAUUGCCAACAUGGUGGGAUCCACCUUCUUUGCCAUCAUUUUCUUCCUGAUGAUGAUCACCCUGGGGCUGGACAGCACGUUUGGAGGCUUGGAGGCCGUGAUCACAGCUGUGAUGGACGAGUACCCCCAGGUCCUGGCAGGGCGACGGGAGCUCUUUGUUCUUGGCCUCAUCACAGUCUGUUUCCUGGGCUCCCUCAGCACCCUCACCUACGGGGGAGCCUACGUGGUGAAGCUGCUGGAGGAGUUUGGUGCCGGCUGCUCCAUCCUGGCCGUGGUGCUCCUGGAAACCAUCGCUGUCUCCUGGUUUUAUGGGAUCCAGAGGUUCUCCCACGAUGUCAAAGCCAUGCUGGGCUUCACCCCAGGGCUCUUCUGGAAGCUGUGCUGGGUCGCCAUCAGCCCAGCCUUGCUGGCGUUCAUCGUCAUCAGCUCCCUCCUGGACCAGCCACCCCUGACCUUUUUUGACUACCAGUACCCCGAGUGGAGCAUCUCCGUGGGAUUCCUCAUCGGGGCCUCCUCCUUCAUCUGCAUCCCCCUCUACAUGGUGUACAAGCUCGUCUGGACACCGGGAUCCCUCAAGCAGCGCCUCGCCGUCUGCAUUCGGCCCGAGAAAACCACGCGAGCCCCCCAGGCAGAGGGGGUGGGCAUGGCCCCCGUCCUGUAGCACGGACACGGCUCGGGCUCGCCCCUCGGCACAGCGACGGGGCCACCAGGGACAGCACCCGGCGUCUCCGCCAGCAUCCCGUCCCGCCCUCGCUGCCGGCAGGAAAAGCUGCGAGCCACAGCAGGGAGAGCGGGAUCACCGCCGGAAAACACGGGGCAAAACACC